AUGCUCGUCGCCGGCGCGCCCGUCGAGUCGAAGCGUGCCGACUCGAGCAAGGUGGGCUACCUCAUCUCGUCGUUCCUCGGCAACGUGCCGUCGGUGUACCAGUACCUGAGCAACGGCAACGACGCGCUCUCCUUCCGCGCCCUCAACGGCGGCAACCCGAUCCUGAACCCGACGGUGGGCACCAAGGGCGCGCGCGACCCCUACCUCGCCGCCAAGGACGGCAAGUACUACAUGCUCGCCACGGACCUCGACAUUGGCAAGACCAACUUCGGCGAGGCCCAGCGCGUCGGCUCGCGCUCCAUCAUCAUCUGGGAGUCCGACGACCUCGUCAACUGGAGCUCCGACCGCCUCGCCGAGCUCGAGACGCCCGAGGCCGGCUAUGUGUGGGCGCCGUCGGCGUACUGCGAGCCGGGCGCGAGCGAGUGCAUCGUGUUCUGGAGCAGCCGCUUCUACGCCUCCAGCGACACGGAGCACACGGGCGACGUCGUCAAGGCGUCGACGAUCCGUUACUCGCGCACCAGCGACUUUGUCACGUUCAGCACGCCCGCCGACUACAUCCCCACGCAGCCGUGGGGCAUGAUCGACCAGGAGUUCCAGAAGCUGGAGGACGGCGGCUUUGCGCGCUUCAUCAAGAACAACACGGCAAACAACGUGUGGUGGGAGACGACGAGCGACAACAACAUCCUCUCGCCCACGUGGACCUUCCACGGCCUCGUCACGCCCGACGUGCGCGAGGGCCCCGCGUCGUACGCCGACAACCUCACGCCGGGCCUCGUGCACCUGCUGCUCGACAACUACUCGGGCCAGGGCUCGUACGAGGUGUACGGCACGUCGGACAUCCAGACCGGCCCGUGGAGCAAGCCCGACGCGCCCAACUUCCCCUACGGCCAGCGCCACGGCUCCGUGCUGCCGCUGAGCCAGGAGCAGUACGACGCGCUGGCGGCAAAGUACCCCGCCUAG